AUUUAUAUCAGUGACAGUUCAGUUUGGCAUGUCAUGGAGAGGUGUCAGAACUCAGAGAGGGAAGGAGGGAGAGUGGGGCUGAAAUCCAAUCCACUGAGCAUCUAAAGAAGAGAGAGGCAGGGAGCAAAAAAAAAAAAAGGAAUACACGCACUUGGUAGCUAAAAGGAAAGUUCUAUAGGAAACACAUUUAGGAAGAGACUGCUGGCUGCUGGAAAGCUCUUGUAGGCCGACCUGAAGCACAUCAGUAGCACAGCACCAAGUCUUCUCCUGCCAUGAUCCAAGACCAGUAUCUUAUUGAAUGUCCAAUCGACUCUGAUCAUGACCAAAAAUAUUUGCAAAACCCUCAAAAUACAACGGUCUACAAUGAAGUGCCCCCCAGACAGGAUAUACGGGAUCCACGGGGUAUCAACAAGCAUUUGAAGCUGGAUUUUUCUGAUGUACUGGCGGAACCAGCCUCAUUUCACAGUUUUGAUAAGGUAUGGACCUGGAGUGACAUCCUGUUUGAAUCAUCCAAGUUGUGGUGCUACCGCAUUAUAUCCCUGCUAUGUGCAGUGCCAGUAUCUCUGCUCUCCGGAAUCCUUUUUGCACUCCUUGGCUGCCUACACAUAUGGUGUGCCAUGCCAUGUAUACAGCUUUGCAAUAUCUGCAUGCCCCCUGUUCGGACCCUGUGGGCCAGCGUGUUAGACAUAUUCGUCGCUCCUAUCUGUACUAGUAUUGGCCGCUGCUGCAGUUCUAUUUAUGUGAAUGUUACUAAGCAAAGGCCAUAGAAGAGUUAAGACUGGCUGCUCAACACAUGGGACACAAGGAAAGGAAUUGUGCUGCAAAGCCAUCUUGCAGUCAGAUACAAAAUCAAAAUCCAAAGUGAUAUAUGCUAGGGGUGCAAGGGUGGCGGGCAACUUGCAGUAAUCAGCUUUCUUCAUCCCAGUCUUCAUGACACAUUCAUUUUUCACUUCGAAAUUGUAUGGACUUUAUAGUAUUAUGUGAUCAUCUGCAGAGCUGACUUUUGUGUAAUACUUACCCUUUGUAGACUCCUGUGUUUUGGAAAUGUUUUUCUGGAAUUUUUUGUGGUGCUGAUAGUUACAAGGGGUUUUAUGCCGCCAUUUCGUUCUGGUAUUAAUGUUGCUGCUAACUCAAAUAAACCAUUUACAAACCCUGA